AUGUCCGAUACUCCAGUUAACUCGUCAGCGCCGAGGCGCUCUCAGAGAGACAGAAAGACAGUCCAGCCAUUUGUUUCGGCCAGUGCCACCAAGAAACGGAGACGAAAUGAUAGCGACACGGAGCCCGACGCGCAUGCAUCAAAUGAGGUAGAGCAACCGGAAACUGACGACGAUAACAAUGGAGACGAUGAAGAAGGUGAAUUCGAAACGCCCAAAGGGAAGGGAUCAACAUACAAGAAGCCAAAAAGCAAAACGUCUCCAAAAGCAAAAUCAACUAAGAAGCCGCGCAUCGACAAGCCUAUCGUGCAUAAACCACCCAAAGUAACAGCGCGUAGGGGAAGAAAACCGAAAGAAGGGGAAAACGCGUACGAUGCAGAUCAGGUUGCAAAAGACACGAAAAUUUCAGCCGAUAAUCCUCUUUUUAAUGCUAUCAUGAAUCCAGCUUCUCCUCUCCAAUCUAGUGCAGAGGACUUUCUUCAAUCCCUACAACAAUCACCUAGCGCUGCCUUGGCCGAACUCAUCAACCUGAUUCUCCGUUCCUGUGGUUGCAACGACUCGGUUGAUGCCGACCAAGCUGUUGACUUCGAUGGUAUUGUAAGUACGCUUGACGAUUUUACGGAGGCUUUGAAGUUGGAAAAUUCACCAAUAUACCCACUUACCUCCAAAUUACCUGUUUUUAAACGAUUUCGCAAAUCGCUGUCGGAAUGGAUAGAGAGGCUGAUUAACUCUGCCUCGGAUACCGGUGCGCUGUAUUCAACUCAAAUGAUGGAAACUCUGCAACAAUGGGUCGUCUCAAUGUCAUCUUCACAAAUUCGAAGUUUCCGACAUACUGCUACUGUCAUUGCGCUAGAGGCGGAAACGGCACUUUGUGACGUCGCUGCUGCCGUCGAUAAAGAAGCCGAGGUCGUUGCACGCCAGCGAGAAGGAGAAAAGAAGCGCAAAGGUGCCAAGGGCACUAAUCCAAGGGUGAAGGAAUUGGAAGCAAAGGGGCAAGAUGUCAAGCGGCGGCAGAAUAAAUUGAAGUCCUUCAUCAAGGAAUUUGUCGAUGGCGUCUUCGUGCACCGGUUCCGUGACCUUGACCCCAACAUUCGUGCAGAAUGUGUUCGCUCCAUUGGCUUGUGGUUGAGGAAAUACCCAGAUCACUUCCUAGAUGCCCAUUAUCUGCGUUAUGUCGGAUGGGUUUUGUCUGAUGCGAACAACCAUGUACGACUGGAAGCCGUGAAAGCUCUUUCUGGAGUUUACGACCAAUCCGAAUAUAUCCCAUCCCUCACCCUUUUCACUGAACGCUUCAAGUCUCGCCUCCUCGAAAUGGCCACAUCUGAUAUUGACCUUUCCAUUCGAGUAGCGGUGAUCCAUGUCCUGAGUGAUAUCGAAGGACAUUUUCCUCUGGAAGAAGAACAAAAGGAGAAACUUUGUCUUCUGUUGUUCGAUGAAGAGGCCAAGGUUCGAAAGGCUGUUAGCCCACUCGUGCGUGCGGUUUGGGAAGAAGAAACAGAGGAACAAAUCAACAAACACCAAAAGCCGAGCGAUAAAGAUAAAGAACGAAUAGGUGCUAAAGUUUUCGCCUCACUAUUGGUGAAAUGGGGCAAGACGCUAGAUACCCUAGCAGGAGACGCUGAAGAAUCUGAAAUUGGUGAUGAUGCUAGGGAGCCAGACGACAGUGGUAACAGAGCGUCACGUCGUGCGCACAGGCGAAAAGAGGUUAUUGCUUUGGUAGGAACAGAGGAUCGCGGCCGUGUGGCGCUAGCCAUCGAUGCUCUCUGGGGUGAAGUAGAAACCGUGUCGGAUUGGCAAGGUCUACUUGAUCUUCUUCUGCUUGACCACUCAGCAUCAGAGCAAGAUAGUCAGUCUGGAGCUGCUCCAAGAGCCCGAGCGCGUCCUAAUGGCAAAAAACAUAAUGACGAGUUCACGGUUGACGACGCAUGGAGAUUGGAAGAGAUCGAAGAGAGCGUUCUUCUUGAAGUUCUUGUGGCAUCGAUAUCUCGUGCGAAAGAGGAAUCUGCGAGUGGCAAAAAAGGAGAAGAAGAAAAUGUAUCCAAUGAGAUCACUCAAGCUCUAAUAAAGGGUCUACCUCGCCUGUUCAUCAAACAUCAGUCUGACCAAAAUCGAAUCGCUGAAAUUUUAAUUAUCCCUACUUUAAUGAACCUGGAUCUCUAUCUGGAGAUGCGCAUGAUUACGGCCUACAAUAGCUUGUGGGACGACGUCAUAAAGCAAUUCAUGUCUCAUUCUUCAGCAAAGGUCCUUUCGCAUGCCAUAAACGCGAUACGCUACUUCAUGGAUGCAACAAGCUUGUCCAACUCUAACAGUACCAAGAUUCUAGAACUUGAAGAUGAGCUUUCAACUCAACUCCGUGACACUAUUGCUGGCAGAGACGAACUGGAAGUAGCAUCUUUUUCAGAAGACGAAGUUCUUGCCCUUGGUGCAUGGUGCACAAGAUUGGCUGUCUUAACGGGUACCAGGAGUAUGACCGCCUGGAUCGAAGAAGACGAGGGCGGAAAACAGAGUAGUGCUUGGGAUAUUAUCAACGCUCUUGUUGAACGUGGUAGACUGGGUUAUAAAGAAGAGGAAACGAUGAUUGAACAAGCGUUACAUGUGCUUAUGCUCCACAUAUUGUGGAAAACGAAGGGGUUGCCAGCUGAGGCAGAACCUUCGCCAGAAGAUAUUCGGUAUAAAGAAAUUCUUACUGAACAACGGGAAUCUCUUCUUGAGAAAUUGCUCGAGUAUGCGGUUGGUACCGAAUCAAAUACGGCAGAAGGUGUUAAACGCGCUGCUUUUAAGCACCUACUCGAUUUGCAUAUUUUGUUUUCCUCAACAAACGCAUUUACCCCUGACGGGACGCCACUUCCCAUGGCUUCAAUGUCUUUAACUCUUGAUGACGAGGUUCAAUAUCGUUGUGCAGGAUAUAUUCAGGCAGAGAUAGAGCGUUAUGCCGAAUUCUUGGAUGACAGUUCAGAGGAAGACAAAUCCCAGAAGAGCGACAAUGAGGACAGCGACAAAGAUGAGGCAGAGGAAGAAGGCAAUGAUGACAAACUUGCAAAAGUCAGACCAAAGAAGAAGGUUAUCAAAGAAGCCGAGCUUAACUCCAGAGAUUUGCUGGAAAGAGAGUAUUUGUUCAUCGAUGUUAUAUCUACUUUCCUUCGCGCUAUUCGAGCAGGGACCAUCCAUAUACAACACGGAGCCGUCAUUCUAGCUCAUUACGGCCGUCUUGAAAUGGCUUUUGAUACAUGUGCGAGGGUUGUCGUUGAUGUGCUUCGGGAAGAAAUCACCAUGAAGGAAUCUCCUGAAAUCAUUGUGGCGACAUUGACCCACGCGCUGCAAGAGGCGUACACUCUUGUAUUGGAUGGUAUUGUUCAUGACGAAAGCAAUGCCGUGCAGUUAGCGAAGCUGGUCUCGUCCUGCUUCGUGGUUCGUGGAAGUCAACUUUCCAUUUUACGUCGAUUGCCAGCACAACAUAUCAUCCAAGUUCAGACCAAUCUACUGUCAUGGAUUGGGAAGCGCAUUGCUGGCUAUGAAAAGAACAAAAACAAGAGGUCUUUGAAAGCUGCUAUCGCUUUCUUUAGAGUGCUUGUUCCUCUUUUGGGCGCACUCCAAAGUCGUGAUGCGCUAAAGAUUAAAGCGCACAUGGAUCAAGUUUUCGCAGAGGCGGCAGUAGAAGUACCUCCUACUUCUAAGGCAUGGGAACCCCAGCGUGCAUAUGAGAAACGCCUAGGGACCAUCAUGGCAAAGGAUAAUCCUCAAGUCCCGAAGGUCAGAAAAUCGAAGAAAAAGGCUAAUCUAGGCCAAGUUUCAAGUGGCGAAGAGGAGACGGAAGGCGAGCGGACUCAUGACGAGGAAGAACGUCCUCGGCCAAAACCUCGUCGGGUCACAAGAGCAAACCCUGAUGCUACCGAAGACAGUGCGGGAGAUGCUACAGGUGAUGAUCAGCCGGUUACACCUAAUGCACGUAGAGCGAUCCGACGCAAGGAUACACCAGAAGUUGUUGCAGUUGAAGCGGAAGAACGAGAAGAAUCGCCUCUCCAAUCUCUUACACCUUCGGAAGGACCAGUGGAACCCGAGGAGUUGGAGACACCCAAAUCGCUUAAGCGCCCCAGAGAGGAUGACGAUGAGAUGAAUGGUGUCAAUGGGGGGGAACCCAUUGACGAUGCUGACGAUAUUGCAGCGAUGACAGAUAUUCAAGUACGACGGAAACGUAUCCGACACUGA